AUGCCUAUCACGAUUCGCCAGCGCAUAGUCGAGUAUGAGUUGUGUGAUAUGGUCACAGAGAUUGACGCCAGAAAUUGGAACGACAUUCGCGAAGUAGCCAGUCCGAUUACUGGGCUUUUUGCACCAGUAAGCUUUGCUGUCCGUCAAGGAUGGAUUCAACUAGGCGGCACGAAUGAGUACAUCGACCCUACAACUGGUCACACUAUUCCACUCGAGACAGCACUGGCACAGGGUCGCAUUCGAUUUUCGAAUGUUGCUUCUACCAACGGCAAUUUUACAUCCUCUCUUGUCUUCAUUGAGCGUGAGUCAGCUGUACGAGAAAAGGCGGAUGUGACCUUCGUACUUAACACUGUUAAUAGGGAAUACAUUCCAAUACGCAAGGCUCAAUCUGAUGGACUAGUGCGUGAGGAUGAUAAACAAAUAACCUGGGUGUUGGACAGCCUUUGCAAUAAAUGGAUUACAGCUGAGGAGGCUAUAUCGCAAAACAUACUUAAAGUUGAUAAGAUUUAUGAUCAAGAAAGCGAUGAAGAAUUGAUGAGGAGACAGCAACAAAGCGUGGUCCGCGCUUACCACGUGACUGCUAUAAAACCAGGUGGCGAACCCUGCGAGUGGCUCAGACCGGAAGACGCAGUUCGACUUGGUCUAUUCAACAGACAAACCGGUGAUGUUGCUGUUGAUUGGCCCUCACGCCCAUCUUAUAAGCCAGAAGCAUCAGAAUUUUCAGUGUCUCAAUGGUGCAACUUUCUUACCGCUCGAAAAGCUGGAUGGAUUCGCGUUAUACCCGAGAUGAACAUUAACAAAUGGAUACCUCUGAGUCAACCAAGUGGAUCUAACGGUAACAGACGCCUGCUGUCAACGUCUGUCAGUCUUCUUUCAAGCCGAGCUGGAAUACUAAAUCAUAGUCACUCUGAUACCUACAAGCUAAAUGAUUACCAAAGAAAUGGACGUACUCAGCCUGUCUUUAGACAAUUUCGUUUCUAUACCCCUGGCACAAUGUCUCAACAUCAACAUAGGAGCUACUCUCACUCACCAGAGUAUGGAACAGAGAGUUCAAGAACCCCACCAUACUUGAAUGAAGUUGGUGAAUUCGAGCACAGCGAUGUCUAUGCCCUUUCUUCCUCUAUUCAGGAACAAAUGGAAACCUCUGAAGAACAAUUAUUGCACCGCGAACACAAUUUAGAAACCUCGCGGACAUUGGAAGAGGGAGAUAUUCAAUUUUACAGCUACCCAACACCUAGUUAUCCCUCUAAUGUUCCUAUAAGCACGAUUCGGCAUGAAUUUGAGGAGGUUCAUGCAUAUGAAGAUCAAUCCUCAACGUGGUCAAGAAGUCGACAAUACGUCGGCGAAGUUGAUGAACAGACCAGAUACUCUAGAUGUGCUCAAUUCAGCCAGUACACAGAUAGCGAUAAAAGGCAGUGA